GAAGAAGCUGAGAAGGUGGAGACGGUGGCCUCCAGUUUUGGCCUCUCUCUCUCUCUCAUCAUUUCCGCUCUGUCAUUUCUGAAAUAGUCCCUCCAAUUUUUCCUUUUGGAUUAGAUCUUGAGCCCUUCAUCCUUCGUAGUAGUGAUGAGGNGAGGGAGAGCGGCGGUGCGUGUGGCACCAAUAACCGGGUCGGAACGGAGAUACAGAGGAGUUCGCCGAAGGCCAUGGGGGAGAUUCGCGGCGGAGAUUAGAGACCCAUUGAAGAAGACCAGAGUUUGGUUGGGCACCUUCGAUUCCGCCGAGGAUGCCGCCCGUGCUUACGACAACGCCGCCAUAACCCUCCGCGGCCCCAAAGCUAAAACCAAUUUCCCCCUUCCCACACCCACCUCCUUUUUCGACUACCCUCCUCCUUGCCCCGAUCGCCGAUUCCAUACUAACCCUCAGAGACCCACUCCCAGCACCCUCAGCUCCACUGUUGAGUCCUUCAGUGGUCCCCGACCACCCUCUGCGGCGGCUGCCACUUCCGCCUCUCGCCGAUACCCACGCACGCCGCCCGUCGUCCCUGAGGAUUGCCAUAGCGACUGCGAUUCGUCGUCCUCGGUCAUCGACGACGGCGACAUCGCUUCCUCGUCCAUGAUUCGUCGGAAAUAUCCCCUGCCGUUCGAUCUUAACAUUCAACCGUCUGAUCAUCUUGAUUUUGGCGCCGAUGAUCUUCGACGCACCGCCUUGUGCCUCUGAACCACCGAUGGCGGCGGCGACUGGUGGCGAUGAUGAUGCCCAUCAAGAAUUCAAUAUUUUAUUAUUUGUUUUUUAUUUUUAUUUUUUUGUUUACUUGACCGUGCCGGCGG